GAGCUCACUUGUGAUUCGUCGGCGCCGCGCUCCGCUCUCGGAAGGACCGGGCCGGACCAAGACGAAUGGCCGGCACCGUGCUCGGCGUCGGAGCGGGUGUCUUCAUCUUGGCGCUGAUGUGGGUGGCGGUGCUGCUUCUGUGCCUGCUGCUGUCCAGGACCUCGGGGCCCACCAGGUUUUCAGCCAUUUUUGUUUUCCUCGCCGCCCUGAUCGCCACGGCCGUUCUCCUGCUGCUCCCCCGGGCCGGGGAGUUUCCGACACCGACAGUCGAGGUCAAGGUCACGGACCCGUUCUUCAUCGGCCGCUACGUCCUGCUGGCGGUCCUCACCGGCGUCUUCCUCGGGAGCCUCUUCCUGGUGCUGGUCCAGCACGGCGUCGAGCCCGUCUGUGCCAAGCCUCUGCGGGGCUCCUGAGGGCGGCCCCCAGGCCGGGCGCGGGGUGGGGCGUCGGCCCCGCAGCCCCCGGCCCUGCCCCAUCCUCCCCAACCCCUAGCACUGGCCCAAUCACGGGCCGCUCGACCCCAGCUGUGCGGAGAGGGACGGAGGGGGGCAUUUUGAAUCCACAAACAAAACCGGGGAGGCCCAGCCCGCCCCUCUCCCAGGCAUGGCCGUGUCCAUCUGCCCGGCCCCGGUUUCUCUCCCCUUCUCCACUUCGUCCCCCACCACCUCCUGUCUCUGAGGCAGGAAUGGGGAGAUUUAUGGCUUUUUAAUUGUCCGUGCUGAUAUAGCAUGGAGGAGGAGGAGGAGGAGCACUUUUGGUCUAAUUGAGACCAAAUGUGAAGUUAAAUUAAAUGAAUAACUAAUUAGCAGGCGCUCCGACAUUAGCCCCAAGGGGCUCGGCCGGGGGAGCAGGGGGGCUUGCCUGACCUGGGCCCUCUGACCCCUGGCCUGCCUCCCCACCUGGAAUGACCGCUGCCCGGUGGGGGGAGUUCCCGGCCCUCGGUCCCCAGUUCCCCAGGGGGGCUUGUUGGGGACCAGGGACUCCGCCGCCCCCCGGCCUCACCCUGCCCCGAACCUCCCCUUUGGAGUUGGGGACCCAGCUGCUGGGGCUAGGGGCCCCCCGAGACUCGAGCAAGCCCUACGCCCCAACUGGCCCUGGGCUUUCUCCGCUCCUGCCUCCGAGGUCAAGAAAGACCCCUGAGCCCCCGCUGGGCCUCCCCUCACUCCUGCGGGGCCGGAACCCCCCCCCCCCCGAAUCCGACAGGCCACGACCCCCUCCGCCCACGGCCCCUCCUCAGCCACCUCUCAAACGUAUUUAUAUCCUCCCCCGCUACUAUCGUAUGGACGGAGCAUCAAUGUUACAGCCAACCUUUUUGGAUCCUUAUAUUUGUAAAUGCUUUCACGUCUGUCACCUGGCGUUAA